AUGCACGAGACCAAGAUUUUUUUCUGGCGAUUCAACCUGUACGCAAACGUUCGUCCCUGCCGUUCCCUCCAGGGACACAAGACCCUCUACGAUAACGUCGAUGGAGUCACGAUUCGUGAGUACGCGAAGAAGCAGAACGGGCGCAAGCUCGUUACCGCCGUCCACAAGGCCAACAUUAUGCGAAUGUCGGACGGGUUGUUCCUCAACAUGUGCCGCGAACAGGCCAACAACUGCCCCAGGUUAAGAAACAUUGGUGAAGGAGCCGCCGUAUUCGAAUCCGUUCACGGAACCGCCCCGGAUAUCGCCAGCCAGGACAAGGCCAGCCCUACCACCCUCCUCUUGUCUUCGGUCAUGAUGUUGCGCCCACCUGGGCUCAACCGAUUUACCGACAACAUCGAAAAGGCUUGCGCGACAUAUUGC